AUGCGUGGUCCUCCCAUCCGGGUCAUCAAAGACGAUGGGACAGAUUCAAAGGUCCCGUGGUUCGCUGGAGCCAACCCACUCUCGUGGGAAACUUGGGACCGGCUAGAGGGGGAGCUAGAGGAGACGGAAUGGGGAGAAGAACUCCCACUCGUGGCCCUGCAGGCUAUUAAGACCCUCAAGGCUUGCUUUUCCUCAGACCCAGGGGAGAGUCCCUGGACUCAGGAGAGGGCAGACAGAGGGAAUUUUGGUCCGGAGGGGGCCCUGACACCCUGCUCCGAGAGGCCCAGGGAUGAGCGCAAGUUUAAUCCCCGGGACCCCAAUCCAGACGCCGCUUCCGCGGCGGCCGAGAGGUGUGCAAAGCUGCCAGCUCGCUACCCCUCCCCCAUGGGAGGACCGGCUUGGCUCCAUACAUAUGCAGACUCAAGGAGCCCGGCUGAGGGGCAGCAGCAGCCCAAUGGCUGCAACAGCAGGCAUUCACCGAGCUCAGACGACUCAGCAAAUCUCAACCUGCCAGCUGUGAUCCCCAAAGCUCUGGAAGUGGAGAAUCAAACCGCAACCACACAUUUCAUUCUGCUGGGAUUUCCAACAAGACCAGCCUUCCAGCUCCUCCUCUUCUCUGUGUUCCUGGUGACCUACCUGCUGACACUGCUGGAGAACCUUCUCAUUAUCCUGGCCAUCCGCAGCGAUGGGCAGCUGCACAAGCCCAUGUACUUCUUCCUGAGCCAUCUCUCCUUCCUGGAGAUGUGGUAUGUCACAGUCAUCAGCCCCAAGAUGCUGGCAGACUUCCUCAGCCAGGACAAGAGCAUCUCCUUCUGUGGCUGCAUGACUCAGCUCUACUUUUUUGUGACUUUUGUCUGCACCGAGUACAUCCUCCUUGCAGUCAUGGCUUUCGACCGCUAUGUGGCCAUCUGUAAUCCCCUACGGUACCCGGUCAUUAUGACCAACCAGCUCUGUGGUGCCCUGGCUGGGGGGUGCUGGCUCUGUGGACUAGUGACUGCCAUGAUUAAGAUGGUUUUCAUUGCCCGACUCCACUACUGUGGCACCCCUCCUAUCAACCACUACUUCUGUGAUAUCUCUCCACUCCUCAAUGUCUCCUGCGAGGACUCCUCUCAGGCUGAGCUGGUGGACUUCUUCCUGGCCCUCAUGGUCAUUGCUGUCCCGCUCUGUGUAGUGGUGACAUCUUAUGUCACCAUUCUCACCACCAUCCUCAAGAUCCCUUCUGCUCAGGGCCGCCAAAAGGCCUUUUCCACCUGCGCCUCUCACCUGACCGUGGUCACCCUCUUCUAUUCCACAACUCUCUUCACCUACGCUCGCCCCAAGCUCAUGUAUGCCUACAACUCCAACAAAGUGGUGUCUCUUCUUUACACAGUCCUUGUACCACUUUUAAAUCCCAUUAUUUACUGUCUGAGGAACCGGGAAGUAAAGGCUGCCCUCAAAAAGACUGUGCUUUGCAGUGGAAGGGGGUCCAGAGAUGAGGGGGAUUUGAGUAGUUAA